CAUGGGGAAGCCCAAGCCUAAUGAAAAGUCGCGGAUGGCGUCGUCGCUAGCCGCUGCUCGUAGAAUGGCGGGCAAAAAAGGCGUCGCAGUCGCUCUUCAGCUGGAAGUCAACACCGAAGACGAGUGGCAGAAACUUUUGGAGAAAGAAGGGCUUGUGGUGGUGGACGUCUAUUCGGAAUGGUGUGGUCCAUGUGUAGGGAUGGUGGGAAACUUGAAGAAGUUGAAACUGGAAAUCGGCAGCGAUUAUCUCCAUCUUGCUGUGGCGAAAUCAGAUGCCAUAGAGGCAUUGGAGAGAUUCAGGAACAAAAGCGAGCCAACCUGGAUGUUUAUUGCUAGCGGCCACAUGGUGAAUCUCAUGUUUGGAGCCAACGCACCUCGUCUCAUGAGACUCAUUACCCAGGAGCUAGAGAAGGAAACCAAGGUUCUCAAGGGAGAGCGAGAACGACAGUCGAUACCAUUCAAUGAGCUUACAGAAGAAGAGAAGACCAGAAAGGAAGAGACACGACGAAAAGAGGAGGCAGAGAAAGAGAAAGAAGCAAGAGAGUUGGCGGACGCCGUCGAGGAGCUGAAGAUCCGUAACCUGACUCGCUUUGCUAAGCUGCUGGUUGACAAGACUGUGAUGCUCUACUUCCCGCACAUGAUAGAUGACCAGGGCACGUGCAGUGCUGCGUUCAAGAUGUUGGCCCAGUAUGACCAAGUUCUUAUGUCUGUUCAUGAUCAGAUGGACGUACAACUCACCAAGGAGAACAUUCCAGAGAUGCUUUACAACUGUGAUAUUCAUCUGCCUGAGAAGUUGUUGGAACUGAUGGAAGAGAAGCCGUGUUUAGUGAGUUUACUGAUGCACCAUGGGACUAACAGCAGCGAGUCGGGAACGUCUCUACCAAUCCCGCUCGGACUGGUCGAGGAGAAGUUUGCCACCUUCGUCUACGGCCACCUCACGCACACAGAACCACCCGUACAACACACGGUAGCGGACCAGUUCCAGACCAAGAAGGAGGGAGGGGAAGUAUGGCCGGGAGUGUGGACACCCCUGACCUACUUGUCCAAGGCAGCAGCCGUCCAUGUGCUGUUCCCUCACAUCUCCAUCACCAUGGAAUUUAAAGAGGAAACCCUGCCUCCUCCAAGGUACUGCUGUAUAUUCGAUGCAAGCAGAGCACAAGAGGUGUACGAAAUUGCAGAGAAGUUCCCAGAAGACGUUCUUAAUUGCGAGUUCUUUGACGGAGCGGAUCCUUCAACAGCAAAAAGGGUUGCGAAAAAUAUGAAACAGCUGGAAAAGCUUGGCGCGGAUAAAAUAAAACAAACCAAAAUGGUACUUGCCGUGGCAAAGAAGACAGGAGACCCGUUGCUGGAAUUCUCACAGCUAUCACCACUUUAUAUCUCUCCCGACACCAAAAUCGGGAGCAAGGAGUGUAACGCUUUCUUCCCUCCGCCUGAUGUCUUUGAAGACGAGAAAGAAGAAGAGGAGGUAGAGGACUUUGAUGAAGAAGAGGAAGGGGAAGAAGGAGAGGGUGAAGAGGCUGAGGGAGAGGAAGGGGAAGGAGAAGGGGAAGGGGUGCAAGCGGAAGCUUCUGAUGUAAAACUGUCAACUACCAGUGAGACGAGCACAGCGGCAACAUCAGCGGGGGCCGAGCAAGAAGAGCAGUCAACAGCUGGGGAAGAAGCGACAGCUCAGCCAGAGGAGUAG